AUGGUCGCUAUUGCUGCCUUUCUGGUGUCUGAAGAUGCAUCAUACAUAACCGAAGAGACUAUUGUGGUCGCCGGAGGCAUUGACCCGGCUAAGCCCAGGGGUCAGGGGUCAAUCGGUUUCCAUUACUUAGUUGAUGCCGGAUAUGCAAAUUGCCCCGGAUUCCUUGCACCUUUUCGAGGCCAGCAGUAUCACUUAAGUUCAUGGGCCGAUGGCCGUCACCCAGAAACACCUGAAGAGUUUUUCAAUAUGAAACAUGCUAGCACUAAGAACGUUAUUGAGAGAACAUUUGGCCUUUUGAAAAUCCGUUGGAAAAUUCUAGCAAGUCCAAGUUUCUAUAGUUUGACCACUCAAUGGCAUAUUAUUAGUGCAUGUUGUUUACUCCACAAUUUCAUUAGGAGGAAGAUGGCGGAAGAUCCUGCAGAAGAAGAAGAAGAAGAAGAAGUUGAUGUUCCAUCUUCCAAUGAGAGUGUGGAAGAUGACACCAACAACAUAGUAGCCUUACAACCAAUGGAUGAAUGGACCCAAUUUUGA